CGGGUGUAGCUAGUCGUUGGUUUAUUCCAGAACAAUGCAACCAUCUGAAUUAACAGGGUUAGUGAGUCGGGUAUAGCGGUAUUUAAUGCAGACUAGCAGGGAACUAACUGCUCCCGAGCAAUGCAACAUGACCCAGCAAACGAACCGAAGACGUGACUCAACAUAGCAAGGAAAGGCGUUAAAAAAAUAGUAAAUUGGCAGAUCGUCCGUACUAUUUUGUUUUCUAUUUUCAAGGAACUUGAAAGCUAAUAAAAUCAUUCUUUUUUCUUUCUUCACAAGCAUUAGAUAACGUAUCAACCUAGCUAAAAUAUGUAAAUUUUAUCAUCGCGAUCAUUUUAUUUAAUUGUCCGUUAAUACCAUGAUUGAUAGUUUGACGCACCCGAGGAAAAAAGAGUGACCUCCCUUCCAAGGUGUACGUCUCGGAAAAACGCAACAACGUAUUACAGAAAAAUGUCACUCGUGGCAUACGGCGCAAGUGACAGUGAAGCUAGUGAUUCAGAAGAAAUAGAAAAAUCUGUAGUAUCGAAAAGUACUGACGCUGAUAAUCAAAUCAGCGACGAAGAAGACUAUAAGCCGACCAGAUAUGAUCAAACGUCUCGGGCUAGUUCUUCCACACCUACAACCAGGACUGGCACUAGUUAUUUGCAGUGCGAACAAAACCCUUUAACUUUGAGCGCUCUUCCUGCUCCAAAAGAAAGGGAGUUGGAAAUAGUAGAUGCUGCAGGAGAAGAUGAGUUGGAUGAGCUUGUAAAGCCUAAGGAAUCCGAGUUGGCCGACGCGCCAAAGCCUCCUGGGCGUUGUACUGGGAAGAAGCCAGCUAGGAUCAUGAUACCAGCUUUAAUCAAGGAUGAGGAUGAAGAGCAAAAUAAAAAGCCACAUCAACCAACUUUCACCUCAGGCAAAGGCUCAGAUCUUUUUUCCAUAUUACCUCGUCCAAGUCAUGGAGCAAAGAAAGAACUGAACCGCCCACUCAUCCCACACACACUCACCAAGCGAACCUCCCAGUCUGAUGCUACCCAGAAACAGUCUAGCAAGCAUCCUAGUGCAAUGCAGAGCACUGUCUCAUCAUCUUUGCUUAUGACUUCUACUGCCUUGAGUGAAACAGUACCCUCCAGAAAACAUCAGAGUGCCUUCAAUGCACUAACAGGUUAUGAAAGUGACAGUGAUGAUGAAAGUGAUAGUGGCAGCUUCUUUAGGUUGGACUCCCAACAAGAACAGAGUAGUUUGACAUCAUUUACAGCUUCCACAGGGAAGGACACAGCACCUGAUGUCAGCAUACUAAGAACUGCCAACACCUUGGACAGAAGUGACAGACCCCAGACAGAAGUGACCUCGUCAGAGACUGUGUCUGAGCAGGUGACAACAAAGGGAGUUUCAGCAUUGUCUGCUGAUAUUGGAUCUGGUGAUGCAUCAAACACUCGGCCAUCAGUAGCAGAUGACAGUGACAACACUCAAGGGUUUGGAAUUCCAGUUGUGAACCAGGAUGCACCAUUGAGCUUCAGCAGUGCCAUACUUAGCCGUGGAUGGUCUUUGUCACCCCUCGUGUCUCCUAUGACCCCAGAGUUAUAUGUGGCACCCUCUGAAGGCAGUAGCAAAAACAGUGCACAGGUGUGGCAAACGCAGCAGCAUCUUGCUCAAGAGUCAGUUGAAGACAACUUGGAGCAGGAAGUAGAGACUGAGGAAGCAGACAGCAGUACUGGCAGUGAGAUGCAGCAGAUGAUUUCUGAUCAACAGUUCCAGAGACUUGGGGGAAAGCGGAAACUCAGUCUAGAAGAUAUUGAGAUCAUCGAAGCAAAUGUUGAUGAUCAAGUAGAUCCAAGUGGACUGAUGAAGGGAAUGACAGAGGAGACUUCCUACCAACCCCAUCGCAAGAAAGACAACUUGCCGUCAGCCCAGCAGCGACGCAAGAAGCAGAUCCACUACCUUGCCUUUCAGGCCAAAGAACGAGAACUGGAGUUGAAAAAUAUGUGGGCACAAAACAAGAUGAACAAGAAUCAUCUGCGAUCCAAAUAUGGAUUUUAGCAUCAGUUUUGUUAUCUCUAGCUAUUGUGAAGGUGUUUCAAAACAGCUUGGUUAAAAUAACAACCACGAAUUAAUUAUGAUCUACUGUUCAUCUUAAGUGAACUUUUCCUGGAUAAAGAAGGUUGAUUAAUAUGUUAAAGCAGCAUGAUAACAGAUUUUUCAGAAUUGGUUUUAGUGGUAAAAAGUAAACAGCAUGCAUUGUCCUCAACACACAAUACUUUUGCUGACAUUCUUAUCUCAUUGGUGUGUAGGUGCUUUAUCUUUGAGAUAAAAGUCUCUGGGAAGUACAUCUUUGUUUCAUGCUUAAGUCUGACCUUUUUGUAAGUGAUUUAUCAAUUAUUUUAUUUGUUAAAAUUAUAAAGAUAAAAUGUUUUGCUUUAAGUCAGCGCUGUUACCCUAUCUCUCAAACAUUUUUUUGAUGAAAGACCAUCUCAGGACUGUUGUACUGAUAACCUGUUAUGUAUUAUAUGAUAAAUGUCCUUUGUGGCUUGUUACAACUGGAACCCAUGAUUUGGCAAUAUUGAGGAAAGUAGUUAACACAUCUGAGGCUGUCCUUGAACCAGGAUAAGUAUCUGCGCAUGGAGAAUGUUUUAUACAAACAUUAGUUUGGUAAAAAUCCUAUGCAGACCUUGUUUACUUGUUUAAUUCAUGGAUUAUGUUAACCUUGAAUAUUUUUGUAAAUAUUGUUUUGUACACUUUUCACUGAUGUAUUUAAGACUCCAAUAUGCAUUAAUUCUUGUAAAAGGAAAGUUGUAGGAUAUACUUACAGUGCCAUUAAUAAUUUUCAGCAGUAAAGAAAUAGAGAAAUGUUUCUAGCUUAAAAGUAGGCAUGGAACAAAUGGUGUUUAUUUUUUUUCCCCUGUACAUUGUGAUACAAAAGGCAUUGAAUCAUUAAAUAAACAUUUAUGGCAAAAAA